AUGACUGCAUCUACAAGUUUGAGGGUGCGCCUGCCGGUGCUGGUGGCAGUGAUGCAGGCUAUCAUCCUAGUUCUUUUUGCUAUGUUUGUCACUUACGAUGACAAUGCUAACGCUCAAUUCCAAAACAAUCAGACCAACCCGAUGGAUAACUCCCUAUAUCGUGACUACCCCUACUUUGCUGACGUGCAAGUGAUGAUCUUUGUUGGUUUCGGCUGCCUGCUGGCCUUCUUCCGAUUCUACGGCUUCAGUGGAAUGGUCUUCAACUUUCUCACAGCUACAUUUUCCAUCCAGUGGGCAAUCCUUAUUCAAGGUUACUUCCAGUUUUACCAUGAUGGUAAAAUUCACCUGGCUGUGAUCAACCUGUUGAAUGCAGAGUUCGCAUGCGCUGUGGUGCUCAUCUCCUUUGGGGCCGUGAUUGGGAAGACCAGUCCUGUGCAGCUCCUGGUGAUGGCUUUGCUGGAGAUCCCAAUCUUUUCUGUGACAGAGUGGGCUGUAUUGAAAUACAUUAAGAUAAAUGAUGCAGGUGGCAGCAUUCUUAUUCACCUGUUUGCAUGCUACUUUGGUUUAGGGGUGACAUUUGUUCUGUACCGGCCAACUUUGAAUCAGGGACAUGCAAAAGAGAUGACUAGUUACAAUUCUGACAUCCUCUCUGUGUUGGGAACCCUGUUUCUCUGGGUGUUCUGGCCUUCAUUCAACUCUGCUCUCACCUUUAAGGGUGACGAUCAACACAGAGCCAUACUCCAUACUUUCCUAGGUCUGAGCGCAUCCACUAUGACUGCCUUCGCGCUGUCAGCAGUGUUCAAUAAGAGAGGCAAGCUCACCAUGGCUGAUAUUCAGAAUGUGACUUUGGCAGGUGGUGUGACUGUUGGGGCUUCAGUGGACAUGAUGAUUUCCCCUGCAGCUGCAUAUGGUCUGGGCAUCAUGGGCUGUACUGCCUGUUACUUUGGAUACAGGUACCUGACCCCCUUUUUAGCACGACGCAUGAGGAUCCAAGACCAGUGCGGUAUUCACAAUCUCCAUGGGCUCACUGGACUCAUAUCAUCCACAGCAGGGAUCUGCGCUAUCCUCCUAGCCACUGAGGAAACCUACGGGCCCAGCAUGUACCAGAUAUUUUCCCAUCGUGCUCCACCUGAGGGAGAUCCAAAGCUCCUGGAGCUUCAGAAGCUGAUUCCCGGGCUGAAGCCAGGAUUGGGUCGUACUGCGCAGGAGCAAGCUCUCCAACAGGUCGCAGCUGUCUUCAUCACCAUAGCAGCUUCCGCUGUUGGUGGGGUGCUCACUGGGUUGGUUUUGAAGCUGCCCUUCUUGGCAUCCCCGUCCGACGAGGACUGCUUUGAUGAUGAACUUUUCUUUGAUAUGCCCCCUGACUUUGCCAGUAUAGAAGUGCUCAAGCCCCCUGCAAGCUGUGAAGAAAAAGGACAAACAAGCCCUAUGGACACCAAGGUCUGA